GGCGUCGGUGGCGGCGGCCGGGGACGGUGUGAGAGCGGUAAGAUGGCGGCCGCAGCGGUGGUGGAGUUCCAGAGAGCUCAGUCCCUACUCAGCACCGACCGGGAGGCCUCCAUCGACAUCCUCCACUCCAUCGUGAAACGUGACAUUCAAGAAAAUGAUGAGGAGGCAGUCCAGGUUAAAGAGCAGAGCAUCCUUGAACUGGGGUCUCUCCUGGCGAAGACUGGACAAGCUGCUGAGCUUGGCGGACUGCUGAAGUAUGUGCGGCCUUUCUUGAACUCCAUCAGCAAGGCUAAAGCCGCUCGUCUUGUCCGGUCUCUUCUUGAUUUGUUUCUUGAUAUGGAAGCAGCUACAGGGCAGGAGGUCGAGCUAUGUUUAGAGUGCAUCGAAUGGGCCAAAUCAGAGAAAAGAACUUUCUUACGCCAAGCAUUGGAGGCAAGGUUGGUGUCUUUGUAUUUUGAUACUAAGAGGUACCAGGAAGCAUUGCAUUUGGGUUCUCAGCUGCUGCGGGAAUUGAAAAAGAUGGAUGAUAAAGCCCUUUUGGUGGAAGUACAGCUUUUAGAAAGUAAAACAUACCAUGCUUUGAGUAAUCUGCCGAAAGCCCGAGCUGCCUUAACCUCCGCUCGAACCACAGCCAAUGCCAUCUACUGCCCCCCUAAAUUGCAGGCCACUUUGGAUAUGCAAUCAGGUAUUAUUCAUGCAGCAGAGGAGAAGGACUGGAAAACUGCUUACUCAUACUUCUAUGAGGCAUUUGAAGGCUAUGACUCCAUUGAUAGCCCGAAGGCCAUCACAUCUCUGAAGUACAUGUUAUUGUGCAAAAUCAUGCUCAACACCCCUGAAGAUGUCCAGGCUUUGGUGAGCGGAAAGCUUGCACUUCGGUAUGCAGGGAGGCAGACAGAAGCAUUGAAAUGUGUGGCUCAAGCUAGCAAAAACAGAUCACUGGCAGAUUUUGAAAAGGCCCUGACAGACUACCGGGCAGAGCUCCGGGAUGACCCAAUCAUCAGCACACAUUUGGCCAAGUUGUAUGAUAACUUACUGGAACAGAAUCUGAUCCGGGUCAUUGAACCUUUUUCCCGAGUACAGAUUGAACACAUAUCUAGUCUCAUCAAACUCUCCAAGGCCGACGUGGAAAGAAAAUUAUCACAGAUGAUUCUUGACAAGAAGUUUCAUGGGAUUUUGGACCAGGGGGAGGGCGUCCUGAUCAUUUUUGAUGAACCCCCAGUAGAUAAAACUUACGAAGCUGCUCUGGAAACAAUUCAAAAUAUGAGUAAAGUAGUGGACUCCCUCUACAACAAAGCCAAGAAGCUGACAUAGAGUUGGAUCUGUAGCGGUUCUUUGGAGAGUGUGUGUGGCGGGAGAGUGAACCCUUGGGGAAAUGCUAGGAGAUUCUUUUCUUUCUGUUCUACUUUUCGCUCGGAAAGUUUUUAACCCUCAUUGGUGCAUCUGUAUCCAGCGAUAGGCGGCCAGUUCUCAUGUAAUCAGCACUGGCCAACAUGGGAGUGGGGAAAUUGCUUAAAAAAAAAGAAAAAAGAAAAAAAAAGAUUCUAAAUAAAAGGAAAAAGGCUUACACUA